GCUUCACCCAACACACCGAGGCUGCUCGAAAGAGGCGCGAGCCAAACAUCCGAGAUGAAACUGACCUCCGUAGCCCUGCUGUGCCUGCUGCUGGCUGCAACAUGGCCUCAAGACGUGGACAGCAAGAGCAUGCACGUCUCUUCCUCCCGAUGCUGCUUCUCAUUUGCGCAGAAAAGGAUUUCCCAGAAGACAAUCCAGUGUUACAGAGAAACCAGCUCCACCUGCCCUUACCAGGCUGCAAUUUUCAGGCUGAAGGGAGGCAGAGAGAGCUGUGCCUUGAAGACGGAGAGAUGGGUUCAGGGUUACUUGGGAAAAGUAAAACCCUGCCUGCUGGUGUGACGACGAGCGGUUCUUGUCCACCCCGGCCUCUG